AUGUGGUCGAAAGUAAAUUAUUUUCUGGUCAAUACGUCCUUAAACGGUUUCAAAUAUCUUGCUGAAGAUGACAGACCUGCAUGGAAGAAAAUUUUGGCCAGAAUAUUUUGGAAAUUGAUCAUCGCUACAGCAAUUUAUUUAAUGAGUUCGCUUUUAUUUGAAACGAUAAGUCAAUUUAAGAAAGAUUCAACGACUAUUAAUUUGAACACAAAUUACUAUGAAUGGGAAAAUAAUUAUCCAGCUAUAUCUAUCUGCAUGGGGAAGGCUCAAAGUACCGAUGGUUUGCAGAGCCACAUGAUUAAAUAUUGGAAGACGAUGAAUAUGACAACAGUUGCAAAAUAUACGUACUUCAAGGACAUGCGAGCUUUACUAUUUCUCAGUGCUACAGAUACAUUUGAAAAGAUUGGAGCUUCAAAUGGUAUUUGUCAUAAAUACAAUUCGACAUGUGGAAUUGAUCCAGAAAUUCUCCGAAGUAUUCUCGUCACUAAAAAAUGCGAAGAUUUUAUAACUGAAAUUAAGUUCCGAAACAAGAAGUAUGAAUGUGAUGAAUUGUUCAAGUUUCAUAUAACUGAGAUUGGUUAUUGUUUCACUGCUAACAGUUUGUAUUUCAACGAACCAGAGAACCUGAAAAACUUUGAUACUCUCCCAAUGAAAUAUUUCAACCUUGAUUUGAACAACCGCAAGUUGGAAAUUCAUUACACUGAUCAUGAAAUUGAUUCCUUCAAUAUAUUUGUGCAUUCACCAGAAGAAAAUCCCGAUUUUGCUAUGACGGGACAUUCUUUGAAAAAAUCAGGCGCUAACAGUUAUUACGCUUACAGAACUGUUGAAAUUGAAAACCAGCCAGAGGUUUAUGAUGAAGUUAUUUCAGCACGUGAGUGCAGGUUUCCAUUUGAAUAUCUUAUCGAUGACGAAUUAAACAUAAAGCUACCGUACAGCAUAUCAAAUUGUCGCUUUUUGGAGAGAGUUAAGAAAGAAAUCGAGAAAUGCAAUUGCACUUUACCUAUCGGGAUUCUACCAGAUCAUUUAACACGUUGCAAUAUCACGAGGUUUCAAUGCGCUAAAGCUUGUUACGAAUCAUUUAAGAACCCAAAAGAAUGUGAAGUUCCAUCAUGUUUGGCCAUGGAAGUCGCUGAGAUUGGACAUUACGAGAUGGAUAGUGAAGAUGGAUUUAAUAAAUUCGUAAUUGAAGUUCUCAACAAUCCAACACUCAAAUAUGUUCGACGAGUGAAGCAUACAAUAUUGGAUAGAACUGGUAGGAAAUAA